GUGCAAUGUUAAGCGUACAACUGUACAUGUCCAUGGAUGAUUUUCACGGUUCUUAUUUCUUUGUCUGUUUCUGAGUGUCUUUUCUAUCCUUGGGGUACAAUUGAUAGUUUCUUAGGCGACUAAACAUACUUUUUAGGCUUUGUUUUUUGUUUCUUUGGUUCAAUUAUCAAAUUAGUAUUACAGAUGAAAACCCUACUUACUUUCCCAAAAUGAUCUCAUUCUGACCACUCUUCUAUCUGUUAGCUAAGGUUCCACACGCAGGAGAUCUGAAUUUCUUGGAGCUAAGGGUUUGUCUGCAAGCCAUGUUGUUCGGCUUGUUAUGAUGCUUUCAAUUCCAUUUUCAUCAAUCAUAGAGCUACACAUUCAUUUCCAUCAUGAGGUCAGCUAGUUCUUUACUCGACGUCUUUAAAAUCUGUGUCUGUUUUCAAGUAGCUAUCUUCAUCACUCUCAUUCGCGGUUAUGUAAUUUCUUCUUCAAGUUUUCGCUUAACUCUAUUUGUAACGUUGUUGAUCCUUACAUUUCUCUCCCCAGCUCAUGCUGAAAAAGACAUGUCUUUGUUUGAGUUUUUCUUAACAAUCUUAACUAGCGCAUCAUCUUUUGUCAUUAGUGAAUCACCAUUAAUUGUGAUUCUUAUCCUCACUGAUCCAUCACUUAUAUCUAUCAUCCAACCUCGGUUGGAAAGAUUUCUAGCUAAUCGUUCUUCUAUUUCUUCCACUUCUCUUGUGAGGCCCAUCUUUGUGUUAGAAUCCAAUGAACCGCAGGCUCCCAGCUGGCCCGAAAUUCCCACAGAUAUGAUCUGUGAAAUUGGAAAUCGACUUCCUACUUUCAUAGAUUUUAAAGCGAUUUCAGCGGUUUGUAGCCGUUGGCGUUCUGCUUGUUUGGAAACUACAAGGUGGUCCUUGUUUCCAUGGCUGAUGCUUUCCGAUUCACUAGAUACUGACCUGCCAUGUUUCUUUAAUCUCUGCGACAAUAGACGUUACCACUUUUGCGGAAAACGUCUAUUGUUUUGCGGAAAACGUUGUUGGGGAUCUCAAUAUGGUUGGGUUGUAACCUUGGGUUCUGAUUAUGUAUCCCAGCUUGUGCACCUUAUGAAAGGAAAACAAAUCAAUCUUCCACCACUAGACAAAAUUCGAAGACUGGCUGGCACUGAUCUGGAGUGGUUUCGCCUUGUACACAAAUUUAUUCUUUUCAAGGACCCUUCCAAUGAGUUAUCAAAUUUCCUUGUCAUUGCAAUUUUCGGCUCCAUGAAUCGCUUGGCUUUUUCUAGAGUGGAAGAAGGAGCGGCUUUGAACAGAAGGGGACAAGGAGAGUGGGCUAUUGUUAACAAUUCAAACAAUUUGAGAUUCAAAGAUGUUGCUCGUUUUAAAGAUCAUAUAUAUGGACUUUGUGAUAAUGGCAUGCUGGUGCGCUUUGACCUUGAUGCUCCUUUGUCAGCUGAGGUACAAGUUAUUGCUUCCCAUCCAAGCAAAGAAGAUGUAGGCACACCCCAAAAACUAUAUUUGAUGGAGACAUCGAAAAAUCUUUACGGGGUUUCUCGUUAUGAAUUUUAUAUUCCUUCAAAGAUGAGGCAUGAGACUAUAUAUUUUUUGGUCUAUAAGUUUGACUUCGGUGCCAAGGUUUGGGAGGAGGUGAGAGGCUUGGAAGAUCAAGUUUUUUUUGUUGGUGAUGGCAAUUCCUGUUGCAUUCCUACAAGCAGUAUCAAUAGCAGAAGUAAUUGCAUAUAUUUCAGAGACGACAAUUGGGAUUCGCAAAGGUACCCAGGAGUGGCAUAUGGAGGCCAUGACGUGGGAGUGUUUGACAUGGCAACUAGGGUUAUUCAACCCCUUCCAUUCGCUAAGGGUUUGCCAGCAAGCCAUGUUGUUCAGCUUGUUUGAUGCUUUCAAUUUUCAUCAGUCAUAGUCUCAUAGAGUAACACAUUCAAUUACAUCAUGAUGAGGCUGGUCAGUUCUUUACUCGACGUCUUUAAAGUCUCUGUCUGAUUAUAAGUGGCUAUCUUCAUCACUCUCAUUCGCGGUUAUGUAAUUUCUUCUUCGAGCUUUCAACUCUGUUUGUAACAUUGUUGAUCCUCACAUUUCUAUCCCCUGCUCAUGCUGAAAAAGACAUGUCUUUGUUUGAGUUUUUCUUAACGAUCUUAACUCUUAACUAGCGCAUCAUCUUUUGUCAUAAGUGAGUCAGUGAGUCACCAUGAAUUGUGAUUCUUAUUUUAACUGAUCCGUCACUUAUAUCUACCAUCCAACCUUGGUUGCAAAGAUUUCUAGCUAAUCGUUCUUCUUCUUCUUCUUCUUCUUCUCCUCUUGUGAACUCCAACAUUGGGUUAGAAUCCAAUGAACCACAGGAUCCCAUCUGGUCUGAACUCCCCACAGAUAUGAUCCCUGAAAUUGGAAAUUGAAUACCUUAUUUCAUAGAUGUUAAAGCAAUUCUAACGUUUUGCAACCCUUGCCGUUCUGCUUGUUUACUUGAUUUUGUGAGUUUUGUUGUUUUAGUUACUAGGUUUAGAUGAUUCUAAUUCUAGUAACAUAAUUGCCCCCAAAACUGAGUAACUUAGUUGACUCCUAGUCCUAGACAUCUUUUAUAUAAAUAAACAAACCAGAAUAUUAUUUAACUGAAUCAAAAGAACAAAAAUCUUUCAUCACAACAAAGCAGAAAGUCAAGAGAGAAGACAGUGGAGGCAAAUACAAGACGACAAUAGCAGCAAGAAAGCCGAACACAGGGGAAGUAACCCUUUCAUCACAGCAAGCAUGUAAUCUGACCUUUAGACUUACACUUGUACAUACACAGCAACUUUAGUAUACAUGGUUACAAAUCUCACACACACCAUACACAUAUAUUCGGACCUAUACAUUUACAUCAGUUUUUUUUUUUUUUUUUUUCUUUUUUUUUUUUGGAAAUAUUUUGGAUGAGAUUUAUUGCCAAUAAAUGAUGGUACCAUAAAGGCUAAGGCCAAUGAAGAAAGGUCAAUUUUCUUUAUUUAUGCUACCUUUCUUCGAUAUAGAAAGGUAAAUAAAUAAUCUUUGCAUAUAUA